GUCACGCAGCUGCGCAGAGCGCGUAAGACAAAAACAAGACGAAAGAAAAUAAGCGCUGUCAAAACGGUUAAUUGUGCACAACAAAAUAACGCUCUGGAGUCUUCGCUGAGAGCCUCCCUCGGAAAAUUAAGAAGAACCACACAGCCCAUGGCAGUAAAUUGAACAACCGGAUUGAGUAAAAGGAUUUGUCGAAAACUAUGAUAAGUACAAAGCUGGAUAACAAAAUGCAACGCUAUUAUGCAGAACGAGAGACCACAGGACCAGAAUUCGACGAUCGCUUGAUAAAACUGGUGCGCGCCAAUCCAGCCAUAUACGAUGUCAGCCAUCCGCACUAUCGCCGCAAUCCAGUGAGAGUCGACAUAUGGGAUCGCAUUGCCAACGAGCUGGGCGCCUCCUCCCGCUUCCUGCAGACCAAAUGGAAAAACAUACGCUACAAUUAUCUGCAGGAGAUCAAGGCCAUUGAGACUGGCCAAAUAAAUCCAAAUGUGAGGAAGCGACGUUUUACGGAGGAUCUCUCCUUUCUCCAGAACACCGCCCAAACAUACAAUGUGAAGAAAAACCAAACCUUUGCGGCGCCCACCAACAAUGGGAGCAGUGACAACGACAGCAACAGCUUCCUCUAUCCCGAUCCAGAGCACUUGAAGGUCGAUGCGUCGGGCAACUAUGACAUCAUUGAGCUGGAUAACAGUGAGGAUGGAUCGCAUAGCGACGACAAUGAAAUCUUGCCCGAGCUCUUGGUUAUGGAGCCGAAGUUGGAGGUGUCCAUUGAGGGUGCCUUGAAUGGCACCAACAGCAGCAGCAAUAAUAGUCGCAACAACACCCUCUAUAGCUCACCGGCCUCCUCGCCCCUCCUCACGCCCAUGGUUGUCAUGGGUAAUGGGUUUGACCAUCACCAACAACACCACCAGCAGCAUCACCAGGACAUCAAGAACAGCACCCUCUCGAAUGGAGAGGUAACCAUUGAGCCAAUAUACAAGCCUGCGGCCACAAGGCGUCCGGCGGCCAGCGAUAUUAUGGGUAAUGCAGCCAAACGCAAGGCCACGAUCGCGCCUCUGCCCAGCCUGGCGCCCAUCAAUGACCCCAUUGAGCUUUAUUGCCUUUCACUGGUGGACUCUCUACGGAGCAUGCCCCGGUCGGAGCGGGAAAGGGUUAAAUUCGAAUUCGCCAACAUUCUAAAGGAUGCCAAGUACAAGGACCAGUCCUAAGGGACCGUUGGCUGGGAACGGCGAUCUCCAAUCCAUAUGCAAUACGUACAACCUUCAAUUCGAGACAUGCAAUCGAUUAUACAAACCACAGAGGCACACAGGCAGGCAUUCCUUUUUGACACACUUAUACUACACCCACAAACAUCCAUAUGUAUUAUUCCAUUAACAUAGGAUUUUUACUUGCUGUGCCUGUCCUGUCUGCGUUUCUAGGUAGCAUACACAUAAGCUUAAGUUAACUUAUAUUUAUCUAUAGUUUUUACGUCGUGUCAGCCUGGUAAAUAUCCCCUCCCCGCAUCCCAAACAAAAUGUGCACAAAUGCAUGCCAGAAGAUCUACAUUCAUAUAUGUAUGUACUUAUAUGCAUGUAUGUAUUUCGAGUACCCUUUUGACCUCUCCUCCAUACUUUUUGAAUCAAAAUAUAUGCCUCACUGAGAUUUCAAUUGCUGCUCGCGAGGGAGUCAGCACAGAAUA